AUGCCGAGUCCCUGGCACUGUGCGCUCCGCUGCGAGCCGUGCCGGGGGACACAGACCCCAUUCCCACCCAGGUGCCUGCCUACAGGACGCCCUUGUCCCUGGGCAAGCAGCGUCCAUAACGAGCUGUCCCCCAUCCCGUCGCAGGAGGUGAGCGCCUUUGGGGAGGACGGCGAGGGCGACUACCUGGACGACUGGACCGUGGUGUGCAGCGGCACGUACUGGGCGCGCGACAGCGAGGUGCGCUUCAAGCACGCCUCCACCGACGUCUUCCUCUCGGUGACGGGCGAGCAGUACGGACGGCCCAUCCACGGGCAGAAGGAGGUGCACGGCAUGGCCUCCGCCAGCCACAACAACUACUGGCGGGGCAUGGGGGGGCUCUCUCGGAUCCUCGGCUGCUCCGUGGCACAUCCCGAGUGA